CGGCGGCGGGUACCCAUGGCCCUCCCGGUGGAGGCGGCCCGGCUGGACGGGGGCUGGCAGGAGGUCUACUCGGCUCUCCAGUGGAUACAGUUCACCAUGGCCAUGCUCAGUGUUAUAGGUUCCAGCUCAAUUAUUGCCUACGCCAUCUUUCAAAAUGCAGUGCGGUCCCCCGAGGUUCGUCCACUUUUCUAUCUGAGCCUCUCCGACCUAUUUCUGGGCAUGUGCUGGCUCGCUGGGGCGCUUCUCUAUAGCACACCAACCUCCAAGCAGGAUCUCAUCUGCUAUAACCUGCAAGCGACAGGACAAAUAUUCUACGUGGCCUCUUUUCUAUACACUGUCAACUACACCUGGCAUCUGUACAUGGACCUAAAGAUGAAAUACAAUCAGAACCUUUUCAGGAUGCCCCCCCAGGUUGUAGAUUAUGCGAGUUGCAUUGGCCGAAUAGCAACGAUCUCAUCUAGCCUGAUCCCUUUCCUUCUCAUGGUGCCUGUGUUUUGCUUGGGAAACAGCAGUAAUUGCUACCAGAACUUCAGCCAGAAGCACGGAUGCCUCUUGAUGCACACGGAAAUAGCCAUGCCCACCAACGAGCCGCAAACCCUGAGUGGCUCUGUUUGCCGUGUGAUGCAUUUCUAUGGCAUUGGGGUCUUCCUCAUUUCCUUUCUGAUUAGCUUCAUAGCCAUUCUGGUUAUACUCAGUCAAGCCCGAGGUUUGUACAAAAGGUUUGUAAACUCCACAGGAUUCCUGGGGGAUCAGCAGUGGGCCAUGAUUAAGAUGGUAGAACAACGAGUGGUCUUUUACCCCAUCGCAUUCUUCUGCUGCUGGGCCCCAGCUGUCCUCCUUGGAAUACUGAAGCUGACUGUUUCCACAAACAGCAAAAUCUACAUGGCUCUUCUAAUUCUACAGGCUCUGACAGCAGCUUCCCAGGGCCUUCUGAACUGCAUCGUGUACGGCUGGACACAGCACGUCUUCCUCUCCCUCAAACGCAACGCCUGCCGGGACGUUGACACUCAGACUCCUCUCUUGCGCUCCCAGAAGAAGUUCUAUGCCAGCACGCUCCCCGCCAGCCCGCCGGACGCAGAGGGGUCUACGUCCACCCUGCUCUGAUGAAUCCCUGCGUCAAAGGAGAACAGGCAGCGUCCUAGCAUGGCCUCACCGUGUUUUAGCAAUGUCAGCCAGUCCUGGUAUCGGGCUGUCUGCUGCGAACUGUCUUGCCAGCAGCAAAGUUAGGUGUAGUGCUGGAGGAGCCUGAGCAGAUCUGUCGGAGACAGACACUUCAGUGAAGAUAGUUAUUUAUUUUACAGGUUUGUAUGGACUGUAAAUGGAUUCUUUAAACAUGGUAAAUCUCUAGUACAGACUUUCUCCUUAUGGAAAUAUCUCUAGAAAUGCAGCAAGUUGUAUGUAACAGCUCAGACAUCUGGUACAGCUCCUUUGAGGGUAGGUGGUUCAAAGGAUGUUUUACUUCUCUAAGUAUGUGCCAUUACAAAUUAACAGUAAAGCA